GAUGGAGUGCUGCCGUCGCCGCAGCGUAGGGGAGACGACCAAUUAUAGCGCAUCAAGUAUACCUCGAUUUGACCUUUCUCGCAUCAGUCGGUCGAUGGAAAAAAAAAUACUACGUACCUUUGGGUAGGAGAACCGUCUAUAUAAGAACCGCCCUAGGUCGUCCGACGAACAAAACGCUAGCGUAAACCCAAGUGCAUGUAAGAACGUCUAAACACACAAAUAAUCAAAUCAGCAUGAAAUCAUUAACAUUAGUGCUGUUAGUCGGUAAGUCAAUUUUUUUUAUUUUUAUUUUUAAUGUACCUACGAUAUUUUUUCAUUUUAUACCUACCAUCAACAUAAAAUGCUAAAAAAUAAAAAACAAAAUUGCCCACUUAAAAAUACCGUCAAAAAUUAAAAAUAUCUUAUUUGAAAGUUUCAAAAAUUAAAAAAAUUAAUUAUUGUUUUUAGAUUCUGAGUAAAACGAAGGGGCUACAAUUUCAUAUAAUUUUUCGAAAUUUUCGAUAUUUUUUUAAAAAUAAGCUUUGUUUUAUUGUUUUUUUUUUGGAUUAUGCAAAUACUCUGAUUUUUUUACGCAGUAACUAUCACAUAAUGUGCGAAAUUACUGCUUAGUAAUGCUUUAUUUCUAUCAUGCAUCACAAAUUUCUAUAAGUUUCGGUGAGUAAGUUGCUGAAUAUUUAAUAUUCAGUAUUUUAGUAUGUGAAAUUUAAUUUUGCUUUUCAAGUCAAUUUGUUUUUCUUUUGCUCUUGUUUUACUUUUAAAUUGAUUUUUCGAAGAUUUAAUUACGAGCUCUGGCUAUUAAAUAACGAGACUACUUAUGAAAAAUAGUAGUCUCGUCAUUUAACAACCAAACCUCGUAUAAUUAUUAUUAGCUAUUUUUUUUAAAAAAAGUUUUUUGGUGCUUUUUUAAUAUUUUUACUGCUUUAUUUUAAGUGCAUUUAUUUUUAUGUUUUAUUAAGCUUACGACAUCGGGACACUAGUUAUGUUUAAAGUUUACUACAUCAGUGGCCGCGUUCAAAAAGUCACGACCGCGUGCGUUAGAUUACAUUGUUUCUACAACGACACGAUAUUCUAUAUAUAAUUGUGUUAAUUAAAUGAAUUAAACAACGUUACGAGUUACCGACAAACGGGACAAACUAUAAUCGAGACCUCUAGAUGUGAAAAUGCGAAAAUGCAUUAUAUAUUAUAUCAUUCGAUUCAUUAAAGCGCCGUGUACACCGGGAAAAUUUGACCCAACUAUAGUAUAAUAUUAUACUUACGUACUUAUUUUUCAUCGAUUUCUCGACUUUCCUACAUCAUCGAAAUCGGUGUAAUCAUAAUAUUAUUCUGAACGUGCCGAACGUUCCAAACAACUAUAGGUACCUAUAGACGUCAUGUGAUCGAUAAUAAUAAUAUUAUCAUUAUCUGCGAAUAGGAAAAAUCGUACCGAUAAAACUAAACUGCGAUAUAGGUACACACACACAAUUAAUUACUUAAUGAUGCACACACCGCUGAGUUCACUGUGUCCGAACUUUUAUAAUCCAUAUGUAUUCGGUAAAAAAAAAAUCGAUUCGAGGAUGAGAAUGAGUUGUUUAAACAACGGCAUUCAGUAUAGGUAUUUAAGAAUUGACUUUAGGUAUAUUAGAGUUCGGAUGUUGUAAGCAUUUUCUUUUUUUUUUCUAUUCGUCCAAUAUUAGGCAACGUCAGCUCUAAAUUUGUUUCAUACUACCUAAGAUUAUAACCUAAGAAAUAGUACACGAAAAUUUAUUUGGCUUUUUUGCUCUUUUACUUUAAAAUUGCUUUUUCGGAAUUUUAAUUAGUAACAAUUUAUUAACUAUUAUUAAUUUUUAAAAAUUUUAACUGCCUUAUUGCUUUGUUCCAAGUUUUUUUUUUCUGUUUUAUUGAGCCACAGUAUCAAAAUUCUAAUCAUUAUUAUUAUUUUUUUUUUUUAAUAAAAAAACCGCGUUUCAAAAAUAGGUGCACAACUAUCACAAAUAUAAGUAAAUGCAAUCCGAAUUGUCUUCAAAAUCAUUACAAACGAAGCGACCAUGGCAAUUAAGUUGUAUAAGUAAUAAAAGCCCGGUGAAUUUUUUUUUUUAUAUUUUACUUUGUUUAAUAUACAUUUUAAACCAUGAUAACGUAACAUCGAUUUUGUUUUUAAAUUCGAAACGUCUGUUCGCAUUUUUCGAAUAUAUUAUCGUUAUAUAGCUAUCUACAUAGUUAUACGUCAACAUUCAAAUUAAAUAUUUGGUAUAUUAAGUUUUUUUUUUUACCAUUGAUGUUUCCGAUCAAACAAAUAAAAUAUAAUACUAUUUAUUAUACCUACUAUAUCGCAUCAUCAAACAGUCGAAUUUCACUGUAAUUCAUGUUUGAUAUAUAUAUAUAUAUAUAUAAAAAAAAAAAAACGAAUUAUUAUAAAUGCAUGCAUUCCCGUUUAAAAGUAGUAUAUUAGGUACGAUAUGAAAUUUGAAAAAAAGACAAGUACAAAAAAAUAACUCUAAAUGUUUAGAUACCUCAGAAUAAUAUAUUAUUCAAAUAACCUAUUAUUAUAUUAUAUUAUCUGAUAUGAACACGAUACGGAACUAUAAAAUAUUAUAAUGUACUCGCUACAUAAUCUUAUAAAUAUUAACACUUUGGACGAUGAUAAUGAUAUUAAAAAUAUGAAUUUCACUGUCCACUGAUAUCCUACAAUAGAAUUGUAUACAUGUUCGCUAUUUCUUUUUCUUCUCGUCCUCGCCUCUCCUCCCCUCUAUUUGUGUUCGGUCGCCUCGGUGUUCUGAAUCUCACUUAAUUCGAUCUCAACUCCCUACACACACGCCUUCAGCAGCCGUCAUAACAAAUAUUGCACACACUUUUAAAUCGCAAUAGUAAUAUUAAUAAACUUCGAUAUAAUAGGCCUCGCUGUGGUAAUAGUAUCAGUCAACGGUGCUCCGGCCAAUGAUAAAAAGAUAGGUACCAGCCACAAGCUGAAGGCCACCAGCACAACGACAACCAUUUCGCCAUCCCGCAAAUGCAAGUCCGACUGCCCGACCGAAUUCAAACCGAUUUGCGGAACGGACGGUGCUAAAGUGAACUUGAGCUUUGGCAACCGGUGCGUAAUGGAAAAAUACAACUGCGAACACAAUUCGAGUAAGUAAAAAUAAAUAUCAGACCAAUUAGUGCUAAUACGUAAAAUUGAAAUGUGCAAGAAUCGUAAAUAUUGAAUUAAUAAUUACUAUAGGGCUUGGGACUUAUUGCAUUUAAAAUUCACAUAAAAGCACUCCAAGCAAAUAUUAUAAGAGAAAAUAGUAGAAAGGUUUAAAGUUCCCCUGUUCAACGACUAUAAACUAUUAAAUAUAUUUUUUAACACAAUACAAAUGAUUAAUAAAAAGUUAUUUCGUUAAAAUAAAAUUGUACGUAUUAUAAAAAAAAAUAACUUUGGGUGAACAACUCGUGUAGCGUUACAAAAUUGUAUUUAAUAAGUUAAAUCCGUUAGAGGGGGAACAUUUAAACUCUUGUAUCAUUUUUGCUUUUUCAAAUAUUUUUCAAGUGCUUUUUUCAGAGUUUUUUAAGUGGAUUUUUAUGGAUUUUAAGUGCAAUAAGUUCAGAGUCCAAAUAAUUACUAUACCUAUACUUGUGACUGGGCUUAAAAUAAUAAUUAAUUUAUGACAUUUUUUUUAAGGAGUACGUAGGUUUCUAUCAACAGCUGUUAUUUUGUUAAAUAUUUGUCAGUUUGGUAAAAUAAAAACCUAAUUUAUUUAAAAAUUUGACACUAUCCGGAAAAUUUUAAGGUAGUUAAAGAUUUUAGAAAAGAAAGCUCAUAAUAAAUGUACCAGAGAUUAUGAUGAACGUUUUUCCGGACCCCAGUGUCAAAUAGGUUAACGGUUUUGGUUAGUUAAAUAAUCCAUUUUAAAUUCUGAGAUUACCGAAAAAUGUAUUGGUUUUAUAAUGAUGUUUAUUUUUUUUUCUAUGAACAACUUUUCUACCAGCAUUUUUGUCCCGAUUUACUAUGAUAGCACUUUUUAUGAAAGUAAACUGAGAAAGUACAUUAAGAAGGUAAUUUUUUUUAUUUUCCUGGGAGUUUUCCUAAUAAAUGGAAAAAACCGGGAAAACAUGGGAAAACCGAGAGAAUAUAUAUAUAUUGUUGAUAAAGCAACACUAUCAACAGAACUCCGCUCAGAAUUUUUUUUUGUUAGCAAUGGUUUAUCGCUGUUUACAUUAAACAUUAAAUUACAUUAUACAUUAAAUUUCCCCUCUACUAGCUUCCCAACUUCUCACCUAUAACAAUGACUGCUCCCGUUCCCAUUAUUAUAAGACAGCUUCUUUUAUUUUCUUCCUUAAACCAAACCACACACAGAAGUUUUGCCUCAGAUUAAUGCAUCGUACCACAGCAUAAUAUAUUGUUUUUUGAAAUAAAUGUAAAGGCAUUGGUUUUAAUUUUAUCGAGUUUUUUAAUCACCAUUUACGAAACUGAACACACCUUGUCACAUCCGUGUUUGUAUACGAGUAUUAUAAAUUAUAAUACGGUCCUAAGUAAAGUCGCCAGCGUAGGUACUAUGGGUACCCGUCACACAUGUGUGUUUAAUAUAGAAAACCAAAUUACACUUCUGCCUUCACGUCUACAAUACUACGCUUACAGAACAUUUAAAUUUAUGUAGUUUAUAUAAUUUAUAUUACCAAGACGUAAUAUAAAUAUAUGGGAUAAUAUAUGAAAAACAUUUAAAAAUUUUUCUAUCCAGAUCAUUCAUCGAUCUAUCCUUGAUUUUAUAUUUCGUAAGAUAAUUCAUGGCAUAUAUAUUUCAUGGGUUAAUCACAGUUUUCCAUAUAUAUAUUUUUCAAGUAUAUGACUGCCAAACUUCAAAAUUACCUCAUUACUUAUCAUACAGUCUGCUACCUAGUUGUUUUAUGUAUCUGUGGGUAAUUCAUAAGCUAUUAUACUUGAAAAAUGUAAAACGAAUAUUUUUCCCGUCCACUGACCACAAGGUAGGUAGCUAAGUAUAUAAAAUUCGUCACAUAUCGAUAAAAAAUGUUUUGAAAUCCAUUAAACGUAAAAUAGCAUGUAAAAUAUAUUAUAGUUCUUAUAAAUACCGGAGAAAAUAUCAUAAUAUAUUAAUAUAAGACUAUAAUUUUCAAAAGCCGCACGCACAUAGUAAUUGCACCGAUUAGUUAGUGUUUCGCGAUUGUUUAAUACAAUAUUUUGUAUAAUGAAACUAAUUAAAACGAACACCUGGAGAGGAAAUAAAUUAGGUACCUAUCUCGGUUAAUCCGCAGAUCCGGAUACUGCUUGAGCGAGCAACCCCGACGGGAACGAUGGGAACCUACGUUUUUUUUACAGAAUUUUGAAAUACCUCUAGAAAGGAAAAAACACCGAUUAUACAAUUAUGUAAAUAUUUUUAUAUAAUUUAAUAUUUACCUACAUAGGUUUACCACAUUAUAAUCGAAAUGCAAAAACAAAACAUCUAUGAAGAUCUCUGAAACAAUAAAUGAUAAUAUGAGGUGGAUAGAAGAUGUAGUCAAAAUGGACGUGAAAGCUUUAAAUGGACAAAAUUUGGACCAGAUUUCGAUGGUGGAAGACACCUGAACUGCUGGAGGAUCAUUUGUGAGACAGUGAAUGAUUCUAGAGAUGAAAAUGAAAAAUGCAUGGAGUUUUACCUAAAUAAACUUUAUUUGUUCAUUUAUUCCGCAAUUUCAAACGAUGUUCAUAUUUUGGCUAGAUAUUAUUUUUCCCCAUACUCGGAUUCUAUACUUAUGUUUAAAGCACUUAUACAAUUAGUACACGUAUAAUUUAUUAUAUACACGUGUACAUAUACAAAGCGAUACGACGAGACUCGUCGAGAUUGUCGAUUUCGCGUUUCCGGUCAAGUGCUCGGUCAGCCCCUGUAGACUCAUUUCGGCACACUUCAAUAUAAUAACUACAAUCAUAUAUGCCAAUAUAAUAAUGUACCCCAGACACGUUUUUUGGGGAGGGGCUUUCUACCAAAACAUAUAUGGGUUAAGAAUAAAUUUACUUUUAAUAUGUUUUUUUACUUUAGAUAGGCACGUGUAGAAAAUAAUAAUAAUUCGACCAUACAAAAAAAGCGAAAAUAAAGGUAUCUAAAAAAACUUUGUGGUGUGUACUUUAAAAAAGAAAAUUCUACUUUUAUUAUAAUUUCGGUUAUGUAUCUAAGGUGCCAUCGAACACAGAAUACCUCAAAAAUAUAAUAUUUUCAUUAAUAUUAUACAGUAGGUACAAAACAUUAUAUUAUAAUAUUAUGUGCAUGUUGUUCAAUUCGAAUAGUAAACUAUACGAUAUAUGGUUUAAACAAAUUUCCGCCAUCGUAUUCAUUGUGUUAGAUGUGUAAAUGUUUAAAGUUUUCGCCGUCCUCUCGUAUACUGUAUACGACUCUUUGGGGACACCGUACCACUGCACCGGAUUGAAACUUGUGUCUACCAAUGCUGUUGAUUUACUAAACGUUUAGGCCUACUACGCGGUAUUUAUACAGUGAGCACGAUAAUGUAUAAAGGUACACUAUAAAAUAUAAAUAACAUGUCUUAUAAGACAUGUUAUUUAGUUAAAGAGAUAUUUGAAUUGUCUAAAUGAAGAUAAAAGAUAAAUACAAAUUAAACUGUUUCGGUAAAUAUUAAAAUCAGCAAUGUGUUAUCUAGAUAAAAAAAAGAUAAUUUUGUUCAUAUCCUAUCAUAAAACUCAGUACUACAACUAGUAAAUUCGUAACAGAUUGAGUACAUAUCCAGAUAUCAAAAAGAUUAUGUGGUUGAUGCAACUUAAUAAUUAAUUAAUUUUACUAUAUAUUAAUAUAAAUUUAAUAUUUUACUUAUUAUUUCUAAUUAACAGUAUGAUGUGGUAUAUAAAACACAAAGAGAAAGAAACAGGAAUUGAUAUAAAACUUAAAAAAAUAGAAUCUACAGGCCAAUAUUUUGGAAUAUUUUCAAACGAAAAAUUAUAAUUAUUAUAACCAGCGUUAUUGCAGGUGAUAAAAAUAAUAUGAUUUUUUUUUUAAGGAUUAAGAAACACGAAAACCGUUUUUAAAUUGAAUUUGUGGAUAGAAUAGGACGUAAAAAUAUUAUAAUUGAAAGAAACAAUAUUCCGAACCCAUUAGAUAAUAUUUUAUUUCGUAUAAUAAUAACGCGGUCAAAAAUAUUUUUAUAAUAUAAAAAAUAAGUUUAAAAAAAAAAAAUAACUUUGAACCCAUCAUAUAAAAACUGGAGAUUUAAAACUAUAUAUAAUGACAAGGUAUAUACAAGAUUUAGUAUUCGGGGAGAAAAAAACUUUAAUGAUUAAACUUCUUGGUUCAUCAGAACUUUUGAUGAGUUGUAUUCAUUUUUUAUUAUUAUUAUGAAAAUUGCUGUAUUAUUUUAAUAGAAAAGGCUACGGAAAUAUAAAAGUUAUUUUAUAUAUUUUUGAAAGUCCAAUGAAAUAUUUGUAUCAAUAUAUUAUUAAAUAUAAUACAAAAUUUAAAAUGUAUACGAUUUAAUAAGCUCGGAUAUAGACUUUAAUAAUAAUAUGUUUUAUAAUAAUAUAUUUAUGAACAAAUUACAUAUAAGAUAUAUAAAAAAGUAUAAUUAUACAAAAAAAAAAAUAAUUUUCUUUACAUUUUUAAUCAUCAUAAAAGCCGUAUUAUAAACGUAUUUAGAUAACAUAAUGUUUGGUAAAUUUAAUGCGUUUUAUUUUCAUCUGACGCCCGUCAAUUAUUAAGUUAAAAUAUAAUCGCUGAUAGAAUACGCGGAGUAAAUAAAAUUUCCUUAGACUAGUAAGAAAAAAAAAAUCAAUACAUUUCUCCUCGCAUUUCUCGCUCCACUCAGAAUUUUUAAAAACCAUAAUAUUAUGUGUUCCAACAAUCGCAAUAAGAAUUGAAUUCGUACAGUAAAACGUAAUAGCUGUAUAAUGAAUUCUAAUAUUGAACCGUAGGAUUUUUUUUUUUAAUAAAUUAUUUCGAUUUGUCGUAAUAUAUUGUUCUAGAGACAAAAAUACGAACUCACUUCAAACGAUUUCGGAACGCGCUUCACUCGCGUUGUAAUUUAAAAUUGAAAUUGUACGACGUUUAAAGUAUACAACUUUAUAGUAAUUAGGUGCCAGACUAUAAAUAUUUGUAAUACAAAUUUAGUCUACAAACAAUACUAGUAUACUAGUAUAAUAUAUAUGAUUCAGAUUUUAAUAUUAUUUACCAAUUUAUUGGCGGGUCAAAGGAAUAUAAUUAAAUUAAAUUUACAUCAAAGGCGACGUUGCGUCCGACUGACUCGAAAUUAUAUAUGUUCGAAAAAUAUAGUAUUUCAAUAUUAUUUUUUAUUAUAUUUUCCACAGAUCAUGUGUAUAAAAAAUAUGUAACAAGAAAUUUGUUUUUUUUUUAAAUUCUAUACUUUUAAAACUAUUGUUUCUUCUAUCCGUUAAACAUAGCUUUCAGAUUAAAGAUCGUAGACAUUUUGAAAAGUAAACAAACCUCAUAUUACACUGAUUGAUCAAUCUUCUUUUGGACUAUUUAUAAAACAAGUAACUGUACAAAAUUGCAUUACCAAUAUGUUAUUUUUGUCACCCUUAAUUUUAGAGGUUAAACCACUUCCCACUUUUGAUUUUCAAACAACAAUCUUUACUAAAAAUUUCAUAAAUAGAUGAACCUAUGUACUUUUUAUGGAAAAUAUCGUCUAAUCACACCGCAUAAAAAUCACGUGACAUAAUAUAACGUUAUUUGUUCAUACAAGAAAUGUUUAAUUAAAAUAACAUAGCAGAGACAAUCAAGAAAAAAAGGUUGCGAUGGACAGGACAUGCGAUGCGGAGACAGAACUCUCUAUUAAGAAUGGUGCUAGAACAGAAUCCGGUAGGAAAAAGGCCCUUAGGAAGACCAAAAUUGAGAUGGGUAGAUAUAGUUCAGAGAGUUGUAUUAGACUUAGGAGGCGGAGCAAACUGAAAGGAUUUGAUGAUGAAUAGAGAUGGCUGGAAAAUAGGAUGGUCCUAGCGGCCAAAUUAACCCAAAAGAAAGAAGAAAGAAAAAAAGAUUUGUUCAUACUAUAACCUGCACUUGCGCUGACUUUUUUAUUUUAAAUAUUCUCUGGUCGAAAAAUUGACAUUUAAUGAAAAGUAAUCCUCAUUGCAGCCCUUUAAGAAGCUGUAUAAUUAUAUUUGUAUACUUAAUGAACUACGUACGAUCGUAUUCGAAACAAUACUUAUCACUAGAAAAUACAAAAUCCACGUUACAAUACCAUAAUUUAUUCUACACAUUAAGGUGCCAAUGUCGUUUUGCCCAUAAAAAUACACUCUAUGGAAAUAGUGAUUCUGUUCAGUAGAAUCAACCAAAUUAAUUUUUUUUUUUUUUUUAAAUUAAUAGAGGGAAAUAUUCUACAGAUCAUAUUGAACUCCGUUUUUCAAUAUUAUUCUAUUUUCAACAUUUAUAAAGUUUUAAAAAAAUCUAAAUUUUAAGCUUUUUAUCACCAUUUUUCCCCCUAUUAUUUGAAAUCGGAGUUCAAUACAGCCUAUAGAGUGUUGUAGUUUAUCAAUAAAAAAAAUUUUUAUGAAAAUAUUGAAUUAACAAUGAGUUACCACUAUUUUCGUGAAGCAAUUUUCGCCAGUAAAAACGACCACACCAUUUCCCCCUAAAUGGGUAUCGAGUAGUAGAUCGGAUGGAAAUCCCAUCUUUAAGAUGGUAAUUUAAAUGUUAAAAAUUAUUGUUCAAUUUUUCAAAAUCGGAGAAAAUUUAAAAAACUGACAACGGGCCUCUUAAAGAAGUGAAAAUGAUUGAAUUUUUUAAAUAUAAAUAAUUACCUGUACAAUAUUAUUGACUGUAAACGUUUAUUAUAUUGUGUUGCAGAACUCACACAGAAAGCAGAAGGUGAGUGCCCAAACAGCAAAGGUAUCCGUCUAGCUUAAAUGCGCUUUUUAAUCAACAACAGCAACCACCAACGACAUCACCGCAUUAUAUUAUAAUGUUAUAAUAUUAUGUAUAAUAUUGUAAUUAUUAUUAUCAUUAUUAUCAUCAAAGUAGCACACCAUGAUAACGAGAAAAAUAUCGUUUGAAAGAGUAUCCCGUUAUUUUUAUAUUUUUGUAUCUUUUUACACCAAUAUAUCCACACACACAUACCUAUACAUAUGUACACCUACAUACAUACGACACAAAAAUGGCAUAUACAUCGCAUACAUGCAUACACAUACACUGCAAACACACUUUAUACCAGUAUAACAUAAUGUUGUAUCAUUUAUAAAUAUCUGCAUAAAUAAAAAAAUUGUAUUAUCAUAAUCCUUUUCCUUUUU